AUGACGACUGACGUCCUCACUGAUGCCCAAAUCGAUCAAUUCUUGCUUGAUGCAGAAUCACGAUUGCGCGAAAAGGCAGGUCAAGUUUUGCCCACUAAUGAUGAAGACGAAGUCAGCAUAUCGACGGGUCAAGCUUCAGUGAAACACAGAAAUCCUCUGCCGAGAUUGCAACAUGGGCUUGACCGAACAUCCUACCUGAAGGACAAAGGGGGCGUUAUGCAGACCGACAUACAGGCACUGAUCCGGCCCUGGUCCGCCCAUGCGCCACUGUCAACAGACUUGAGAUCUCUCGAAGCACCGAAGAGAACAAGCAAGAUCAACGAUCAGCUGAACGCCGGCCCCGAAUGGUUUGGGCUCCCGAAAACGGAUCUUACUCCUCAAUUAAAGCGAGACCUCCAGCUCAUUGAAAUGCGAUCUGUUCUCGACCCACAUCGACAUUACAAAAAGAACAACCGCAAGGGGAAGAUCCCCACUUUUUCACAAACAGGUACGGUCAUUGAAGGACCAACAGAGUUCUAUAGCUCAAGAAUCAACAAGAAGGACCGCAUGAAGAAUUUUGUCGAGGAAGCCAUGGCCACCGAGAACAAGACCGGCCGCUUCAAGCGGAAAUAUGCUGAAAUCCAGCAGAAGACGACAAGUGGUAAGAAGGACCACUACAAGAAAUUGAUGGCCAAGAGGAAAAAGCCUUGA